UCUCUCUCUCUCUGUUGCUGCUACCCGCCGCCUCCCCUUUCUCUCUGUCUUCCUCACCCACCCCCUUUCUCUCCGUCUCCCUCGUCCCUACACCUCCAGUCUGCUUCUGUUGUCUCGGCGGAUUGUUGGGCUGUGGGAGAGAAAGGAUAUCGCGAGUAUUGGAGUUUUGGUGAGAGUUUGUGGAAGAUGGCGCCUGUUGUGACAGGGAAGUUCGGGGAGCGCCCUCAGCCACAGCGCCUAACGAGAGAAGCGAUGAGGAAUUACCUGAAGGAGCGAGGUGACCAAACUGUCAUGAUCCUGCACGCAAAAGUUGCACAGAAAUCCUAUGGCAAUGAGAAAAGGUUCUUCUGCCCUCCCCCCUGCGUUUACCUGAUGGGCAGUGGCUGGAAGAAAAAGAAGGAGCAGAUGGAGCGAGACGGCUGCUCCGAGCAGGAGUCGCAGCCGUGUGCUUUCAUCGGCAUCGGCAACAGCGACCAAGAAAUGCAACAGCUUAACUUAGAGGGAAAGAAUUAUUGCACAGCCAAAACCUUGUACAUAUCCGACUCCGACAAGAGAAAGCACUUCAUGUUGUCUGUCAAGAUGUUCUACGGUAACAGCGCUGACAUCGGUGUCUUCCUCAGCAAGAGGAUCAAAGUCAUCUCCAAGCCCUCCAAAAAGAAGCAGUCCCUCAAAAACGCUGACUUGUGCAUCGCAUCAGGGACGAAGGUGGCACUGUUCAACCGGCUGCGGUCCCAAACGGUCAGCACACGCUAUCUCCACGUGGAGGGCGGCAACUUUCACGCCAGCUCUCAGCAGUGGGGCGCCUUCUACAUCCACCUGUUGGAUGACGAGGAGUCAGAAGGAGAAGAGUUCACUGUGAGAGACGGUUACAUCCACUACGGCCAGACAGUCAAGCUGGUUUGCUCUGUCACCGGCAUGGCUCUGCCCAGACUGAUCAUCCGUAAGGUGGACAAGCAGACGGCGUUGCUGGACGCAGACGACCCCGUCUCCCAGCUCCACAAGUGUGCCUUCUACCUGAAGGACACAGAACGCAUGUACCUGUGCCUUUCCCAAGAAAGGAUCAUCCAGUUUCAAGCCACUCCAUGCCCAAAGGAACCAAACAAGGAGAUGAUCAACGACGGCGCCUCCUGGACAAUCAUCAGCACAGACAAGGCCGAAUACACUUUCUACGAGGGCAUGGGCCCUGUCCACUCGCCUGUCACCCCCGUGCCUGUGGUAGAGAGCUUACAGCUAAACGGUGGUGGAGAUGUCGCCAUGUUGGAGCUGACAGGACAGAACUUCACUCCAAAUCUUCGGGUGUGGUUUGGCGAUGUUGAGGCUGAGACCAUGUACAGGUGUGCGGAGAGCAUGCUGUGCGUGGUGCCCGACAUCUCCGCCUUCCGCGAGGGCUGGCGCUGGGUGCGGCAGCCCGUCCAGGUGCCUGUCACGCUGGUGAGGAAUGACGGCAUCAUCUACUCCACCACACUGACCUUCACCUACACGCCAGAGCCCGGGCCGCGGCCACACUGCAGCGCCGCGGGCGCCAUCCUGCGGGCCGGAAACUCCAGCCUGCUGAGCAGCAACAGCCAGGAGGCCGGCUCCGGCGUCUACGGCCCCAACAGCACCUCCAACGCAGGAGUCACAUCCUCAUCCUCCACCGCCGCAGCUGUGGUCUCCUAACGCACACAGGGGGCCACUCAAUACAAUAUGCCUUGAGAGCAAAUAUACCAGAAGGUAUAUAAAGACUAUGGGAAAUAAUAAACAAAAACUGACUCACUCUAAAGUGCUGCGUAUUAAUUUUGGAUACAAAGAAGCUGAAAUGGAAAAAUCGGUGGGACAAAGGAACGCAGGGGAAAUCUGAAGGAGGAGUGACAUCACAACAUUGUCGGCAAAUGGGAAUAAGCGAAAGUGCUCCUUGACACGCCCCCUCUCCUGUGGUUACUUUAGGGACCUGCCUAUCCAGUUCUGGUGUUUGGAAUGAGUGAAGUCCCUGCAGGCUCAGAGCACCAGCACCUUUCUACGGCUGUGAGAAUGGAAAACCACAACAACAAUACAUCCACCAGCGUACAAAAAAAAACAAAACAAAACAAAAAAAAUUCUCUCGAAAGGAAAUUAUAUUUUUUGUGCUGCCCCCCCCCCAUUUCCUCCUGCCACUUGUUUUAUAAUUAUUCCUUUUUUUGUUUGUUUUUGUGUUAUUUUGCAUUAAUUUGUGUUUUUUUCCUAAAGGGGGCUGGAUGUAUUGUUGUUGGAGGGAGCGCAAGGAUGCAGAGGGACACACAUAAAACGUGACGAUAACAUAGUUUUUAUGGACCAAGGAUCUUGUAUAAGCUUUAGUAAAGGUACAUUUUUCUCCAUACCUUUUUUGUAUUAAACAUAUAGUACACUUUUGUUACCAAAUAGUUUCUAUUCUUCCUCUGAGCUUGGGCUUUGUUUUUCCCCCUUUGAGGUCCAAAAUCCCAACCUGUAUGUUAUUGCAACCUUUACUACAAACGCCUGCUUUUUUCAGUCUUUGGAUUGAACUUUCUUUUUGAUACUCUCACUUCUUCCGUUGGGGAAAAAAAAAUCUGAAGUCUGGGUUGUUUAUUUACAUAAGCAAAGGUUGUUUUUUUGUUUGUUUGUUUGUUUUGUUUUUUUAAAUUGGGGAAUAACCUCAGAGGGCCUAUUUUUUAUCAUUGGUUUUUAUGAAGUCUUUAAAAAGAAAAGCUUUAAGCAACGCCUCUGCCUUGCCUGCAAUACUCUAUGUGCGCUAUGUCUCCUUUGGAAAAUAUACACAUCAGUACAUCUCACAUGGAGCCAUAGCAAUGUUUGCAGAAUACAUCAGAAAACUAGACUUCCAUGGUUACGAAAACAAGUCAGUUUGUCAUUUUUCAAACUAAUGUAAUAAGCGUAGUCAUUGACUUAAAAGGAUAGCCUUAGUACUGUAUAUUCUUACUGUGUACACAGUCAAACCAGUCACAUAUCUAAUAUCCUGUACCUGUUGCUCUAUUGGUCACUGUUAACGUAUCAGAUAACUUAGUGGAACUUGUCUCUCAAAAACCGCACCUAGCAAGGUGUCUUCCAGUGUGUGCUGUAGUUCUGGUGGCAUUUAAACUAAAAAAAAAAAAGAGAGAGAGAGAGAGAGAGAAAGAAAAAAGACGGACACUUUUCAAUUUGAUGUGGCCUUACUGAUAACUUCAGUUACAGAGAAAAAAAAAGAAAAAAAACUUCACUUUUUCUUAUCUGCUGUUUACUCACCUUGGAAGAACCUGUGCAUAGCACAAAAACAAGCUAAUGCCUCGCUUCUUAUCACAGGAGCUCUGCUGUUUUGAGCUUGUUGCUGCGGCUCCAGAUCCACCUUGUCGUGCAAAGCAGAAGCAGCCUUCUGAAGGGAUCUCUCAGCCUUCAUCGGUUUUCUUUUUACUCGUGUACAAGUACAAUAACCCUGUGUGUGUGUUGUUUUUUUUUUUUUUUUUUAAUUCUCAUGCGGUGCCCGGCACCUUCUCACUUUUGGUACAACGUCUCACGAGCGCUGUAAGCUCCUUCCAGCCUUCUUUUUUUAAAAAACAAAAAAAACAAAAUCUCCUGUGGUUUAUUCUCUUCGCAGAAACAAGCGUGUGUACAUUGUAAACUCACUUUGUCAGAGUAGUUGCACUCAUCUGUGUUCAUGGCGACCGCGUAAAGGCCUUCUAAAUGUGUUAUUAAUGAAAGAUGUGCAUUUCCAAACAUAACAGCAAUAUUGUACAGGUCAUUUCAUCGUUUUUUGUCCGCCUGAGCACUAGUUCACCAGCCAGCAAAUAUAUGUGUGUGUGUGUGUGUGUGUGUGUGCGCGGGUGUGUGUGUAUGUGUGUGACUGUCAUAUGUAGUCGCUGUAAUGGAAUAUUCGAGUCAGACUCGCUCCAUUUCAAAACUGCUCUCCAAACACAAAGAAAACUUGAGAUCCAUUGGAGUUUUUUUCUGUCUUCCACCUGAAUCCAAAUGUCUGAUUAAUUGUGGAUAAACAUUCAAAGGCAAUACUUGUGAUCUUAGUAUUACAGUACAACUGUAUACACUUCCGGGGAAAAAAGAAGAAGAAAAAAAAGAAAAAGAACAACGAUACUGUAACUUGAAUGUCUGCUUAAUGAAGUAUUUCAGAAUUUUCUUACAAACAAAACCUUGAAAUAGGAACAAAAAAGGAUUCGCUUGCACCCCUUCAAUGUAAAAAAAAAGAAAGAAAAAUUAAGUUAUGCUCCCAUUUUGCCACCCUUGUCCACCUGUCCGUCAUUAAUGUUAAAUAUUUUAUAUUGUAAUAUUGAUAUUUUUUAAAUUAUUGGUACAAAGUCUCCCCUUGUCUUAUGUCAAAACUAUAAAAAAAGAAAAGUGCAUUAUUGCCCGUGCUGCCUAGAUUGGCUUGGGAGUGUAUUUUUUUCUUUUUUUCUAAAAAGGCCACUUCCUGUCUGUCCUGGAAUCGCGGAGGAGUUGGUGCUGCAGCGAUAUUGUAGCAUCGAAACCGAGUAAAUCACGGCCCCUAAACACCUCCCCACCCCCUCGAACCCUUUACUCUGCAGGAUGGAGGUCACAAAAUCUUAACUGUAGAUUUUUAACUUGAGUGUUUUUUCUAUGUCUACUAGUUCUAAAUUCAGCCAGUUUUUUAACAUAGCCUCUGCAUUAGCAUCAUCACACACACCCUACUCUCCUCCUCCUCUCGCCCCAAUCCUGCCUCCUCGAGCUUGGAUAUUUUUGGGUUUUUGUUUACAUGUUGAGUCGCCUCUUUUAGGCUACCCCCCUCCCCCCCCCCCGACCCCUCCCUUACCCCCCCAUCCCCCCUGGCCCUGGCUCCUCUUCAUCUCCUCAUGCGAGUCUGAACAGAGCAGCUUUGUCACAUUUACUCAAUCUAAUAAAGGGGGUGAUGCAUGCUUUUUUAAAAAAAUGUGUCGCCUUGACAAUCCGAGCUGGUUUACAGUUUUUUUGUUUUUCCUUCUUAAAACACGUGGAGUUUUAAGAGACUGGGAGGAUAACCGUAUAACUUGAUACAACAUCCCUCGUUCAUGAAGGGGGGGGUGAACUGUCAAAAGGGGUCAAAAAAAAAGUUACAUGCCUUCUUAAAACGCACGCUGUAUUAACCUGGCGACAAAGCUUUCAGAGAGAGGAAAAAAACGCCAUCUCAUUAGCAUUUGCGAUGCUUUUUACAAAAAAUAUCUUAACCAGUUUCUUUCUCUUUGUGUGUCUGGUCAUAAUUGUUUUACUCUUCCAAAAGCAGCUGUUCUUUUUUCUUUUUUUUAUAAUGAGCUCUGAACAAUGUAUGUAUCCUCUAAUAUGCCAAAUGUCUUUUAUAAUGUAGUUUUCAUGCACUGCUAAACAAAACAGGGCAGAGUGAGAGGCAGCUUUAAACAAAUAAAAAAAAAAGGAGUGUGGAGCCCUUCUCUGUCGCACUCAGCCUUACUUCUCCUUAAGACUAUUUGGCUGUUUGCACUACAGAGCGCUAACCUUUCUUUUUCUCUCACACUUUUCAUCCUCACUCUUUAUCGCUCAUGUUUAUGUAUGUACAUUUGGAGUUUUCUCACUUUCCCCCCCUCCUUCCUUUUUUUGUUUUUAACACGCAGCCUGUUAUGCUUAGCUUUGCUACAUUCGGAUCACCUUUUUUUUUUUUGGUUGUCAUUUUCCCCUCCUCCUCCUCCUGUUCUUCUUCUUCAUGUCCUUUCACUAUCUUUCACUCUCACUGUAUCUGUGUAUUAUUCUAGUAAAUGGUAAGCAGAGGUGUCAUUGUGGUAGUAUACUCAGUGCUCAAAGGGUUGCUGAUGGUAGAAACCUGUGCCGUUUGUAACAUUUAGCAAUAACGUCAAAACAAAGGGGACGGUUUUUUGAUAACAUACGUUAGUUUGUUUUUGUACAUAUUGCAGCUCCAGAUCAUGCUCAAAUCUGUAUGUCAUUAAAAGAAGAAAAAACAAGAAAAAAACUUGCAAUAUUGGCAUAAAAAUGAGAAAUAAAAAAAGUGAUAUAAAAUCUCA